UGCCACACUUUCAGCUGUCUUAUCGAACCAGUCCGCAGUGUUUAGAGUAUUCGUACGGGGCUACUCCGUACGGUCUGCUAUCUAUCGGAACGCCGCUCAUCCCCUCCCCCCACACUAAGCCGCCAGCCAUGACGGGCGUCAUGCUGUGAUGGAGGAUCGCGGGGAGACCCAAUCCAUCGCUUUAUGCUUGACACAUUCCCUACGCUUACCCGCAGACACGCGCCAGUCAACUUUGGGACAUAACAGGUAUCCAAACUCGGGGCAUAGACUCGAGGACCCUUCCUCCAGUCUUUGCAAUUUCCCACACCGCAAAUGCCAUCCGCAUCUUUUGUACAAUUUCAGUAUUGCCUCGAACUGUGGUGCAACACACCCGAGAUUCCCUCCAUCCUCUUCCAAUGAUGUACCAGUUGCCCAGAAUCGGGCAGUCGGCGGCCUUCAUGCCGGCGUCCGGAGCCGCCACCUCGGCCGGUGGAGAAUGCGAUCGAGUUCUGCUUCAUGUCUCCCCUAUUCACGACGGCCAGCCAUUGCCCGAGUUCGAUCUGCCGCCGGCACAGACCCGCUGCGCUGUGCGAUGCGAUACAGCGAUAUCCGUACCAAGAAUGAAAUGGGACAUGAGUCGUUCCACCCAGUUCGGUGGGGACCAAGGCCCCUCAUCAGCCAACACCACACGCAUUAUCACUCGACCCUGACCAUUGUUGGACGACCGACUCGAGGGAUGAUGACGGCAUCAUUCAAACCCAUGAAAGGCGGGGUGGAACGAAGGAUAAUUCCUGAGCGUACGGUGACCGCCAGACCGAACCACCAAAGCCCACGACAUCUCCUCUCCUCCAAUCCUCCGUCCGGCAGCGGAGGCAAGUGUUGGAAACCAUUCGUUGCAACCAAUCCUGCACGGUAAGAAGGCCGCUUACCAUCACACCGCUCAGCAAGCGCCCGGCAGUGUGUCCUCUACCUCACCACUCUGUAACCGCUCUCUACUGGUUCCUGGGAAUGGCCUCAACUGAGGUCUGUACCCCGCCUGCUGCAACUCCCCCUCUCUCUCUAAAGACGAGACGAUCGACAGGUCCUUCUCCGGGACAGGACGAACGCUCAGCAGCUCGCCGGAGGGGGAUACCGAGUGUCUUGCGUUUCUUCAGUUGCCCCUCAC